AUGGGGAACAGUCGUCCGCCCAUUGGGGGCCUUACGGCAGGAACAACCCCGUUUCAGGGAGGUGACCUGAUGGAAGAGUCGAUUGAUCACCGGAGCUCGUGCCAAAAUAGCUGCGAUGGAUGCUCCCAGGACAGCCAACAAAGCGUCACGGUAGGCGGCGACGACUGCCAUCACCACGGCGAUAACGCCGUGUAUGUCCCCGCUGUUGACAGGAACGUCAACAACAUUUAUCCUCCCUUCCGCGAUUAUUCUGCUUAUGAUGGCCAUGGAUUGGCGGCAUCAGCCCAAGGCCCUGCUUCCCAAGGCCCUGCUUCAGCUCAAUUACCAACACUGAAUUAUCAGCCAACCAGGUCUUACUUCACCACAGAUAUGGCUGCGAGUAGGGGCUAUUUUGAUCCUAUCCGUUCGGCUAGCCGUGCGCCUAGCUUUGUCUCUAGCUAUCCGCCUACCUAUAUGCCUAGCUAUGAGCCUAGCUACUCCUUUCCGCCCGUUCCUCCUCAGUCUCCCCUUCCACCAAGGCCUCCCGUUACACCAGAUGCACCUACGUCUUCCGUUCCGCUUAGCUACGCGAACAAUGAAUUACCCCCUCGUGUCGAUAGCGAUAAUCGCACAUGCAUCCACAACGAUUGUUUCAGACGGUGGCUCGACGAGAACGAAGACUCUCCCUCCAAUAAGGAUGUUCAAUCUUACCUCGGCGACGAGUUGUCGUAUGUGUACUCCUCGGAGGAAAGCAGCUCGUGCCCCGGCAAGGAGGAAGAGGAAUGGAACUCCUCUGACGAGCUGGACUGGGAAGAGUUCCAGGACUUCUCCGCCCCCUUGUCCAAUGAGGAUACCAUUGAGACUACGACGGGGAAUGGGCACACGACAAACGAGACCUUCGAGGAUAAUGAGAACCAGGAAGAAAGCCAAAGGUUGACCGACAGCACCAAUGGCCGCAUAAACACGUCUAACGUAAGUAGGGAGUGCACCCCGUCUCAAGAGGAUGGCCAUGGUGAUAUGGUGUUCCUCUAUGCCAUUGAGAAUUCUGAUAUUGACCACGUCGAUCGACAAGGCAACACCAAUGGUCAAACGACGACGCGUCCCUCUGGCGCAUGCAAGCGCAAAUUGGAAGCAGAAGAAUCUGUAGAGGAACAUGAAGACAGUGACAGCAACAACGAGAGCCUGUGGGCGACUAAGCGGGCAUGCAUUGCCCAAACGCCCCAAGAGGAGGCCGACGGGGAUGAAGGUCGUCUUCUCGAGCCGAGUUUACAAGAUCCUGUGAAGUUCUUGGCCGGCACGAUCGACCACUCCAGCAACAGCUCUGUUCGCAACGAUGACAUGCCGAUUAUAAACAGAAGUGACCAGCAGAAUAGUGAGCAGCUAGAUUACCAGCUCGAGCUGAUCUUUAAGCUUUCUCAAAUGGGGCCAGCGAUUGCCAGCUCCGAUGCUCCCAUCUACGAUAGCAUCUACGCCACCAUUUGGGGCAUGGCGGUGGCAGCUUUACAAGCAGCCGCCAGCGAGGGACUUCUGGACCGAUUAGAGUGGUGGCGCUCGCAGGCAAAGGAGAAGGUUGAGGGCCGUGGUCCUGCGAGGGCGAAUGGAGAGGAUGGCGGCCUGGAGGUUCCCGUUGCGAAACCUACUGGCGAGGACCUUGGGGACUUCUAUUCAAGUUCGGCCUAA